GCGACCAAAUAACGCUUGGAAUCCAGAGCAGCUGCUGGAGCAUUGUGCUCACAGGGAGAUGAUUCCUCAUGAAGUCACUGGAUCCCCUUCAGAAAUCAAAUGUGACUUUCCAUUUAUCAGACUGAAAUCAGAACCAGCCAAACAGUGAAGCAAGAACAGUGGAGGGGGGACGGCGAAAGAUGAAAUCCAACCAAGAGAGGAGCAAUGAAUGCCUGCCGCCCAAAAAGCGAGAAAUCCCCACCACCAGCCUGCCAUCUGAGGUGAAGCCAGUGGUCCUGCCGAACGAAAACCACCGCACGGACAACUUAACAUGGCUCUCCAGUGCGCCCAGCAGCCAGAGCAGCAUGAGUGGAAGGCACCGGCCUGGAGGGAGUUCAGUGGAGAUUGGCUUGCAGCAGGGUUUACACAAAGCAUCGUCUACAGGAAUGGACUAUUCCCCACCGAGUGCUCCCAGGUCCGUUCCGAUCUCAACAACGCUUCCCACAGUGUACUCGCCUGCACUCUCACAGUCAGGGACACCUGUAUCCCCGGUGCAGUACACGCACCUGCAGCACACUUUCCAGUUCGUUGGGCCCCAGUACAGUGGACCAUAUGCCGGAUUCAUCCCCUCCCAGUUGAUUUCCCCGACAGCCAAUUCCGCAACUUGUGCGGCAGCCUCUGCCACUGCUGUUGCAACCACUCCAUCCCAGCGUUCCCAGCUGGACGCUUAUUCCACUUUCCUGGCCAGCAUGAGCAGCUUAAGUCAGCAGGGGCACAAAGUUGAGCAGCAUCUAGUCAGGACACCUGGAUUGAUUGCAGCAGGGUCUCCUCCACCGACCCAGCAAAACCAGUAUGUCCACAUUUCCAGCUCUCCCCAGAGCGCAGUCAGAAAUGUCUCUCCUCCUACCAUCCCAGUCCAUUUGCAUCCCCACCAGACGGCGAUUCCACACACCCUCACCCUCGGCCCCUCCUCCCAAGUGGUGGUGCAGUACUCGGACUCUGGGGGCCACUUUGUUACGAGGGAGUCUACCAAGAAAGCCGAGAGCAGCAGGCUGCAGGCAAUGCAGGCGAAGGAAAUACUGAAUGGAGAGAUUGAGAAAAGCAGGAGGUACGGCCUCUCACCCUCUGGAGAUCUGAGUCUAGUCAAAGCAGGCAAUAAACCAGCUCCUCAUCAUUAUGAGACCAGACAUGUGGUGGUGCACUCGAGUCCUGCUGAGUACAGUGCACGGGAUUCCUCAGGCAUCCGGGCCUCUGUUAUGGUUGUACCGAACAGCAGCACACCUAUUACGGAGAUGGAGGUACAGCAGGCUACCAGCAGAGAAACUCCUCCCUCAGUCCUCAAUGACAAGGGAAACCUGCAUUUAGGAAAGCCAGCCCACAGGUCUUAUGCUUUAUCUCCGCAACAGACUAUGAGCCACGAGGGGGUGAAAGCGGUCGCCACACUGUCCCCCCAUACUGUCAUUCAGACCACCCACAGCGCCUCAGAGCAACUCCCUGUCAGGCUGCCUGCGACAGCCUUCUAUGCCGGGACCCAGCCGCCAGUAAUUGGCUAUCUGAGCAGUCAGCAGCAAGCGAUCGGUUACCCUGGAAACCUGCCACAGCACUUGGUGAUCCCUGGCACCCAGCCCCUGCUUAUACCAGUUGGCAAUGCAGACGUUGAAUCAUCAGGAGUAGCACCUGCUAUAGUCACUUCAUCUCCCCAGUUUGCAGCAGUGCCUCAUACAUUUGUCACUACCACCAUUCCUAAGAGUGAGAAUUUCAGUGCUGAGUCUAUAGCAACCCAGCCAGCCUACCAGGCAGCCUUGGUGCAGGCCCAGAUCCACCUCCCGGUGGUGCAGUCUGUAGCUUCUCCAACGGCAGCUCCUCCUACACUGCCUCCUUACUUCAUGAAAGGGUCAAUCAUUCAGUUGGCCAAUGGGGAGCUGAAGAAAGUAGAGGACUUAAAAACAGAAGACUUUAUACAGAGUGCAGAAAUUAGCAAUGACCUGAAAAUAGACUCCAGCACAGUGGAGAGGAUUGAAGACAGCCAUAACCCAGGCAUUGCUGUGAUACAGUUUGCAGUUGGAGAGCAUCGAGCACAGGUCAGCGUUGAAGUCUUGGUUGAAUACCCUUUUUUUGUAUUUGGACAAGGCUGGUCAUCCUGCUGCCCUGAGAGAACCAGCCACCUCUUUGAUUUGCCAUGUUCCAAACUCUCCGUUGGGGAUGUCUGCAUAUCGCUUACUCUCAAGAAUCUGAAGAAUGGCUCUAUUAAAAAGGGCCAGCCCAUGGAUUCAGCUAGUAUCUUGCUGAAGCACUCAAAGAAUGACAGUCUAGCUGGAAGUAGACACAGGUAUGUGGAGCAGGAAAAUGGUAUUAAUCAGGGAAGUGCACAGAUGUUAUCUGAGAAUGGUGAACUGAAGUUUCUGGACAAAAUAGGAUUGCCUGCAGCACCUUUGCUCACCAAAACAGAACCCAGCAAGCCCACGGCGACGAGGAAGAGGAGGUGGUCGGCCCCUGAAACACGGAAACUAGAGAAAUCAGAAGAGGAACCACCUUUGACUCUUCCCAAGCCUUCUUUUAUUCCUCAGGAGGUUAAAAUUUGCAUUGAAGGUCGAUCUAACGUAGGCAAGUAAAGGCUGUUUGGGGAAAGGAAAUUAGGCUAUCCCUUGUCAUUUUUAUCCAGAUUACUGUACUGUAGACUAAAUAACCCAGUAUUUACAUGUUAUCAUCUUAUUUUAGGUUUAUGUUAUAACCUUGUUGUUAUAGUUGCAGCUGGUAUUAUGCAGGAGACAGGUGCAUAUGUUUUUCCACAAGUGUUUUGUCAGUGACUAGUUUAUUGAGAGCUGCAGAAGGGGCAGUAUCUGCUUCACGCACCCUUAGUGGAAAUGAAUGUGUUGUCAUGGCUCCUGUUUUCUGUCACCUAGUGUAGAGCAGACUCCAGCUGUUCUUUUUUCUGUGAGGUGACGAGAAGGGAACUGUAGCAGAGAUAAACUGCGCUGCGUACAUCGUGUGUGUUUCAGUCCCAAGGUGGGAUUGCAGCUCCCUGGCUAGGUCGUUAGGAGUUUCUCUUGCGCCAAGAGAAUGCUAAGAACCCAAAACACACACAUUAUUAAAAAAGGAUCAGACAGUCUUUGACACAUUUCACAAUCAAAUCAACUCUUAGUCAAGGCUCUACAGUAUAUAUAUUUUCCCCCAUGGGGUCCAACUGCACUGAAUUUUAUUCAUAAAGUGACUGCCAUGCAAAUAUUUCUUUUCGGCUUGCUAGUGCAGUUCCAUUGCCAAGUGUAACAUUCAGUAAGGUUCUAUGCUUGCAUUGUUACACUGCUAGUUUUUAAUUAAUGACAUAGCCAGGGUGAGGGAAGCAUAAAGUUCAUUGAGUCCCCUAGCUAAGGGGAAACUCCUGGUUCUGUGCAGUGUUCGAUAAAUUGAUCAGGUUAUGCCACUGACAUUUGCUUCCACAAGGUAGACACGUACUGCCCCUUUGAGAGUGCAGACAUAAAUUGUUUGCAUUUAGGUUGCAAAUUUUGUCCUUAACUCUAGUACUGUUUUUAGUUCAUGAUGAUGGACAACUGGUGCCACUUUUUUUCAAAAUUCAGUGUGACACAAGGAAUUGGACGUUGAAGACGAACAUAGAAUGUCUUUAAGCACUUAAAAUGCUGUUCACGCUUUCUUGUCAAGCAUCCUGGUCUAACACUCAAUAAGUACUGUAUCUCACUUUAAUCUGUUUGAGGGGGAAAAAAGAAUCUAUUCAACACUGUUAACUACAUAUGACUAUGUAGAGUUUUCUCACAAGCAAGAUGUUGGAAAUUUUAAUGUGGUUUCAAAGGGAUGAAUGUGAAUUAUUGAACUAGUAUGUGACAGUCAUUGUCCACAAAGGACUACUUAAUAGGAGGCACUUUUAAAACUUUAAUGCUUGAGAAAGAGUUAAAGGCAUAUGCGAGCUGACAGAUAAUAAAAGAAUACGAGAGAGGAUAAAGGAAAGAGGAAAAAAAUUAUUCUUGUCCAGUGUUUUUGAAAAAGAUGGACUUUAAAGAAUCUUGCAAUUUGCACAUCUUGAGUUUAUCAUUUGUGUGGUAUUCCUGCAGUUUUUACCUAGUAAUGUUGUGGGGCAGGGAGGGGGACUGAGAGAGCAUAAACAAAUGUAGCAAUUAUUUACUAACCUGCCUAAGCUCUAGGCCAUUUUGUAGAGUUAUGUUCCUUUUAAAGUUCCUUUUUGGUCUUUCUGCCAUAUCUGUCGCACAGAACCAGGUCCUAGCAGGACAACUCGGAGAAUUUUUCUUCAGAUACAUUGAGAGAGUUUUCCAGAAAAGACAUCUCUAUACAUAAGCAGGAUUUUAUUAAAAAAAGAAACUAUUAUUAUUUUAUUAUUAUUGUUGUUAUUUGUUGUUUUAAUGACAUUUUCCAGUUGAAAUACAAUCUUGAUUUCAGAGUUUGGUACAAAACAGUAAGAGGGAAUGGGGGUUAAGUCUUUUCUGUUCCCAGUAAUCUGAAAUAAAGGUAGGGCCAGAUCCUUAGAGGUGCUGUGCACCUUUGGUUCCUGUCAACGGGAGGUGCAAGUACUAAGCACUUCAGGUGUGAGCUGAAGCCCAUUGCAUUCAAUCCCAUUGGUUUCAGUGGGCUUUGGAUUAGGCCCUCCGUGAUCAAGCCUUUACAGUACUAUUACUUUUGUUCUGUAACUGACUUUGCAUCCUUCGAGUACCUUUGAAGAAGCUGUACUAAUAGGGAGAAGUGGGCUAUAAAAGUUCUUGAUUAGAGAUACAGUAUCUAAAAUGAACAAAUUCCUUAAAAAUCUCAUUUUCCCACUCCUAAAAGACAGUAUUUCCAGCUCCUUUAUUUACAAAAAAUCUGACCCCCCCCCCAGCUUUUUGGUUCUCUUAUUCAUUACUUGAAAUUUAGGUCACACCAGAACUAAUUGUUUGUUUAUACCAUUUUCUGCGGUGCACCAAAAACGUUUAAAUAAGUUUAAAAUCGCUUGAAACUUUUCUUGAAUUUCCUUGAAUUUCCUUAACCUCUUGGCAGGCUACCAAACAGCUGAGCAGGUUCAUUCUCACGGUCACACUGCUUAUCUAGUGCUGUACUUUUUUUUAACGUUUCUGCUCAGAGGACUUGCUUAAUCUUCCAUAUACUCUGCUCAGGGCACUUGCAAUUUAUUGUUGUUUUGUUUGUUUUGUUUUUUGUUAUGUUUUAACCUUUGAUGGUAAGAGGAAUAGAAAGAUGUGGGCAAAAUUAGAUUUUAGUUCACGUUAGUACCACUAUAUUCAUAAUACACAUACUCAGAAAAUCUGAAAUAAAACCACACACACACAUAUCUUUUUGGCUAAUAAAGAAGCAGGGACUCUUAAACUGACUGGAUCUAUUCUACUAACACUAACAAUAAACAAAUAAAAAAAAGUUUGGAGCAAUAGGAAUGUAUUAGUUCUGUGCUGGUAUUUCAGAUUUAGGAAUUCUGAAAUAAUUGGUUCCUUCCAAGCAAUUGUCCCUUUUUGUGCUUUUGCUUUUUUAGGAUGUGCAAUACUUUAUGUGCCAACGUAGACUCACCCAUGUGGUGGUAGCUAGAUCUCACACCCUCUUCCACUUUCACCUUUUUGUUUUCUUUCACUGUUUUCUCUACCCCCCUCCUCCCAAAAUAAAAGUGUUUAGGGCCUUAUAUCUCCCUUGAUUGGGAGCACAGAAUCUGUAUGUAGUUAACAGGUGUGGCGCACAUGGAUCGAUGGCCCUGGAUGGUCCAUAUUCUUUCAAAUGCAAGUCCCUGUUCUCCACAAUAUAAAGAAGAAGAUCCAGAAAAAGACUUAGUGGAUGUUCCCUCCCACAAAAAAAAGGAUUUUUAAAGGGGGGGAAGAAUUUUGUGAAUGUGAGGGACCUGUAAAUCGCAAACAGUUCAGUCAUGAGUAAAUAACAUCGUCUCUUACAUGAGUGAAAGCAGCAUUCUACAGCAUUAUCAGUGUCAUUUUCUCUUCAGUCUAUGCCUGUAACUGUUACUUUAUAUAUAUAAUAUACCUAUACUUUACAUGCACGUGUAUAUGAAGGUUACCAUCUGUUUGAUGUACAAUGUGGGUGAAAUUCACCCCUGUGCAAAAAGCCAACACAAAGCCUACACACCACUUACGUUACUUACGGGUGCAUUCACUUGCUAUUGACUCUCUGUACAGGAGUAAAUCUCACCCCUAAAUGGACAGAAAGAGGUGACUACUUUCAGUUGACUGAAUCUGGUUUACCUGGUGGCAUCUGGAGUUUGGCUCCAGUUGCAAUGAACUGGCAGGUCCAUGACCCCUCAGUCACAUGAGUAAAUCCUUAAUCCAGUGGGGUGAGUUGCCCCACUGAUAGCUCAAAGGAGUAAGGGUAUGCCUGCUCUCCAGCAGCAUUGUUACAGCUCUGCCAUACUGUAGUGUACACACUUCCUACCUAGACCGAAGGGGGGUUUCCGUCAGUGUAGUGACUCCACUUCUCUGUCAUGUAGGGCUCAGUGGAAGAAUUCUAGCCACAUCUACACUGGGGAUUAGGUCGACCUAACUGUGGUGCUCAGGGUAUGAAAUUUUUCACAGCCCUGAGCAACAUUGCUGGGUCAAUCUAAUUUUUAAGUAUAGAUGUGGCUAGAUUUCUUGUGGCUUGAGGUGCACAGUGAAAACAACAAUCACAGGCAUAGAAAUAUUUAGGUGAGUUCAGUGUAAAAGGAUUAGUUAUGUGCCUCUGUACAGUGUCCACUUUGCAAUAUUAACUGACAAGUCUUUUUUUUUUUUUUUUUUUUUUUUUCCCCCCAAUCCCCCAAAUCCUGAAAUAAGAGUCCAUCCACAAACAUAGAGGUGUAUGUGUGUGUAGACAUGUGCAUGCACACACACGCGCGCACACACACAAAGUAAAUGACUAUAUUCAGUUGAUUUUGUAUCCUUUUCAAGGACAGUGUUGUUUUUUCCAUUGAUAAGGAAAUUCCAAACAAGUUGCACACCUCUACUCCAGAGUUAAUUUCUUUUACAUAGACGACCUCGCUUCAGAUGUGUUACCUUACUGAUAGGAUCUUUUCUUGUAGCACUAUACCUUGUGAGAAUAUUUUUUUGAUGUAAACCUAAUUUGAGAAGCUUACAAAAGAAAAACUUUUUGGAAGCGCUCACAUUGAGGAGUACAGGUAAUGUUUUAAAAAAUUGCACAAUAGAAAAAUGAAUGUUGGAAUGAUUCAUUCAGUGUUUGAAAAAGAGAUGGAUCUGUUGAAACAGUGUGUUUCAUACCUUGUUUGUAAAAAAAAGAA